AAUCACUCAUUGUGAAAGCUGAGCUCACAGCAGAAUAAGCCACUAUGAGGCUGUCGGUGUGUCUCCUGCUGGUCACGCUGGCCAUUUGCUGCUACCAGGCCAACGCCGUGGUCUGCCCAGCUCUUUUUUCUGAGAUAUUGGGCUUCUUAUUCAUUGACGAACCUGCGUUCAAGUUACAGCUUGCCAAAUUUAAUGCUCCUCCAGAAGCUGUUGCAGCCAAGUUGGAAGUGAAGAAAUGCAUAGAUCAGAUGUCCCUUGAGAAACGAGGCCCACUUGAAGUAGCCCUGGAAACAGGAGACUCCAAGACCUGGGACAGCUCAGACAAUGACCUCUGGCUGCUCUGUCCACACCUCCUCUCUUCCUUCUAUGAAGAUCCCAGGCCUCCCUCUCGGAUUCUUCCAGGGCUAUUGCCCUGGUGAGGAAAGGCUGCACCCUCACUGGCAUGGGUGCUGUGAGGCCACGAGAUCUAGGCCUCAGUUUCCCGAACUGAGUUGUUGCUUCUGGCCUUCCAAUCGCCUUCGGGGGCAGAAUUCCACUGGCCUCUUGGAUGUUAGCCUGUCAU